AAAAAGGGUAGAUGGGGGCCAGAUCCACUGCCCUGUGUGUCUGUGACCUCUGCCAAAUUACUGAAACAACCCCUCACCACUCACCAGCGCAGCAGGAGAGGGGGAGAGAGAGAGAGGCGACCCACUGUUUUCCAGAAGCAGAGUUCAGCGACAGCAGCUAACGCCUUGUUGCUAGAACGAAUUUAUAAAACGAAGAAACUGGAAAGAGAAGGUAAGAGGAACAGAGGGCGUAAAUAGAGAAGGAUAAAAGGACGGAGAAGAAGCGGGAGAGGAAACAAUGAUAGAGGAAGAGAACGGAGUUGACGCAAGGCUUCAGGCCAUAUCGGCUGCUAUUCGGGUGGUUCCGCACUUUCCAAAGCCAGGGAUCAUGUUCAAUGACAUCACGACGCUGCUGCUUCGGCCCAAGGUCUUUAAGGACGCGGUGGAGUUCUUCGUCCACCGUUAUAGAGACAUGGGAAUCGCUGCAGUUGCAGGUAUUGAAGCUAGAGGAUUUAUAUUUGCUACUUCAGUAGCUCUAGCUAUUGGUGCGAAGUUUAUACCACUACAAAAACCAAAGAAGUUUCCAGGUGAAGUUUUAUCUGAAGCUUAUGAGCUUGAAUAUGGCAAGGAUUGCUUGGAGAUGAACGUUGGAGCUGUUCAGCCAAGAGAACGUGUACUGAUAUUUGAUGAUUUGAUUGCUACUGGGGGAACACUAUGUGCUGCAAUGAAACUUAUAGAAAAAGCUGGAGGUGAAGUUGUUGAGUUUGCUUGUCUAAUUGGUUCACCCAAAUUUAAGGGCCGGUACCGGCUUAAUGGGAAGCCUGUGUAUGUUCUUGUGGAGUGUCGUCGAUAGAGCUUUAUAAUAAGGUUUACUGCAAGAUUUUUUUUUUAAUGGAAGGUAAGAUCAUGUAAACAUUUUUCUGUGAUAAUAUUUUCUAGCCAAGAAAGUGGUAACAUUGCAUGCUUUGACCAAAGCAUUGCCGAGUUGAUGAAGGAGCUUGUAAUUAAGUAGCAGUGUUUAGUUUUAUAUUCUGGGCAAAUUACCCUGCCAUUGUGCUGGCUACUUAACCUAUUUUUCUGUAUAACAAGGUUAAAAUUGUAUUAUGGAUUCUGAAUAUCACCUUUUUACAUCGGAAAUAAAUAUGAUUAUUUCCUAAUUUCUCCAAA